UCUUGGUAUCAAAUUAAACCUUACGACUUGUCCUAGCUGAAUAUAAAUAUAAGGUUACAUUAAAAGGUAUUCUGCUAUGUUUUACUGUCUUUUGAGUGAUUCAACCCAAAAUCCUGACCCGGUUGUAAAUUAUGCAAAUGAAGAGCCUUGGCAGGACAAAGAAACCAUCUCGUGCCCAAAACAAAGGAGCCUCAUUGGGUCAUUUCUCCCAAAGGAGGUGUGACCUCCCUGCCUUAAAAGUCAGGCUCCGGCAUUGACUCUCUCUCUUCUGCUGAACAUUUCAACACUCCUCUUCCGUCCUGCUCCCUCACCCGGUCCUCUUCCCCUCCCUCGGACUCCCCUGAACAUUUCAACUCUCCAACAGUUACUCUUAAGACGCUUUGAACUUUCCGCGAGCAAUCCACGCUCUGGAAACACCGACAGAAAGCCCAUCUCAAGGACGCCACGAGGACACGACAUACUGUGUCGUCUUGCUCAGCGACACAAAGCCGGUUCCCGCCGCCUCCUUUCCCAUUUUAACCUUGUUACAUUGGUGCCGAAGCCCACGAAGAAGGAGGGAUGCGCUGUCAUGUAGUCCUCGCCACUACCAGCCAACCAAGGAGCAGCCACGGCCAUCUGCCCGGGGACGGAGAUGUCACUGUUGGCCGCUGAGUAUCUGAGGCAUGCUGCCGUUUCCCCACCAGAAAAAAAAGAAAAGAGAGAAAAGGGGGAGGAGCGUGACAUCUGCCCGGCGCCGGAGGACCUAAUACCGUCCACUGGGAGAGGAGCGAGCUGUCGUCUUCCAGAGGUUGGGGAGUGGCUAACCAGCUUUUGAUGUGCAGUAGCAUCCUGACGGCAUCGAUAUGAAAACCGUGAUUAAAAAGGACAAGCCUGAUUGUGAACAGGACCAUUCAUCAGAACUGUCGCUUGAGGAGACAGAGGGGUCAGAGGUGACCACAAAGGCCCCAGGUCCCACCAAGGAUGGGGAAGAGAUUCUGGUGCUGAGCCACAUGGAGGAAUCAGUUGGGUACUUUUGCCGUAGACUGAAUUAUACAAAGAAAUGUACUCAGGUGUCUGAUGAAAGUCCUUCAGAUACGGACACAAACACAGAACCAUCUGCCUCUCCCCCCUCAAACAGACGUAAAACUUGUGGUAAAAAAUUCAGCUGUAAACUAUGUGGCAUGGAGUACCGUCACAAAGAAAACCUGGUAUCUCACAUGCGAAUACACACUGGAGAGACUCCAUACUGCUGUGAACUGUGUGGGGUGUCAUUCAGACGUUCAGACUGGCUUAAAUUACACUUCAAAAUCCACAUGGGUGAAAAACGACACAUUGUGAAGCGCUUCGUUUGUGAUAAGUGUGGGAUGAAAUUUAUUUCCUCCGCCAAACUCCAAAGUCACAUAUGGAAACACAAUGGAGAGAGACCAUUUUCCUGCUCGCUCUGUGAGAAGACGUACUACAGUCUGGUCAAUCUCAAACGCCACCAAAAUGAUUGUCACUCUGGAGAGAAACGGUUUUAUUGCUCCUUGUGUGGACACAGCUUUGCACGCCUUGAAUCACUGCAGAAACACACACGGAUUCACACUGGAGAGAAACCGUUCUCCUGUUCAGAGUGUGGAAAAAGUUAUCGUCAUAAAUACUCUCUGUUAAUGCAUAAUAAAGUGCACUCAGGAAAAGGUUAAUGUCAUACACAUUUCUGCAAACUUGAGUAAUAUUUACUGUCGGGUUAUUCAUUUCUAUAAACGAUUGUACACAAUAUGCAUACUUCAUGUUUUCUUGGUUAUUAAGUCCUAAGUGAUACAAUGGGCUGAAAAAUUUGGGCUGAUUGUAUCAUAGCAUUUUAUUUUAUUGAACAAUUUUAGUUGUGUCUUUCUAAAUGCUCAGUCUGACUUUGUCUGACCAGCAUAAAUUCAACAAGUGUUAUUACUGUAUACCAAGCAAUAACAAUGGAAAUUACUGCUUCUCAACAUUUUCUUGUGAUGACAAGAGACCAAUCAUUAUCUCUAACUUAUACGGACAAUACAGCACACAACAUAGGAUAGCAAAGUAGCCUAUAUCAAGAGCAAGAAACAAUUAGUAACAAAUAAAAAUGAAUACUAAGGAAAAUGAGUAAUUAUGAAGGAAAUAUUAUGAAAGAAAUUUCAAAUGAAGAACAACAUCUUGUUACUGAAUUAAAAAAAAAGUUACAAUGUUACGAAGGGGAAAAAAUCUAAUCCCUCUUUGCACUUGAAAGUUACAGUGGAUAUAAAAAGUCUACACACCCCUGUUAAAAUGCCAGGUUCUUGUGAUGUAAAAGAACGAGACAAAGAUAAAUCAUGUCAGAACUUUUUCCACCUUUAAUGUGACCUAU